AUAUUAAUUUAAAAUAAUAGUUAUAUUUUAGAAGAUUAAAAACCCAAAAGAAAAAAAACUAAAACCGAACGAAUAUUCAGAUUAAACAUCUUUAAUGUCUUUUUAUUAAAAAUAACGAAAUUAAUAAUCACAUCCCGCACAGGGCGCAGAUUAUUACCUAGUUAAUAUCUAUAUGAAAACAAUUCUUAUUCAAUACUAUUGUUUGCUACACAAGUAAUAAUUGUAUUCAUCAAUAUGUGCUGGUGAUUUCUUACAUAUGCACUAAGAAAGUUCAGGUAUAUUUUGCAUUUUGUUUCUUAGUUGAAAAUUAGCAUUUGAUAAUGCUUUAGUGAACCCAUAAAUAAAAUAUAUCACGAAAAACUCAAAUUUGUAAACAAAAACAGAGUUCUAUAAUAUAUAUAGUGUUAAGUAUUUCACAUAUUGUCUUCUAACUAUACAUGAUAAUGCUUGCACUCGGAAACAAAAAGUCUAAAUGUAUGAUGGUCCACAAGCCGUCAAAGAAACGAUAUUCGUCACAAUGUCUAGUUGUCUACGAUCUGUUGAAUAAUGUCCCAUCUAUUUCUUAAAUUUUAGCCCAUCAAGUACUAUGGAAACCAUAUAUACAGAAAUUAGUGUAAUUAAGUACCUCCCAUUUGUAUUGUUUGUAUUGUUUUCAUACGUGUCAACAAAUAUGCUUAUUACAACAGAAGUAUAGAUUUUCAUAUACAUAUAUAUAUAUAUAUAUAUAUUGGUUUAAUUUGGUCGGUAAAUCAAUUGAAUAGAUACUUCCGAGAGUAUCUAAAUUUAAUAAUCAGUUCCCUAUAAGUUGCAAAAGGCAUACGCCUAAACCUGCACUCGAUAAUCCUAUGAGAUCCUUAACGAUUCACGUAGGUCUAUGAUUUAAUCUGUAGCUAGAUUUUAUCUAGUUUUCUUAUAAGGAAAAUGAUGUAUAUGUUAUUAUAUGUUUAUAGAUGCCCGUCGAUGCGUGUAGUAGUUAUCCACUCGUAUUAGGACAAGGUGCGGGCGGCAAAUAACCCUUUUUGUAGAGUCACCUUAAAAUAUAUAUGUACUUUCAUAAUUCACCAUGUUAGCACGUAUCCGUACGAUUUUUUUUUAUCCGUACGAUUUCAUAUAACCUUUGAGUUUUGUAUCUUUUCACGUCACCGUAUAAUCAUGGGUGUUAGUUAUCAAUUAUAAAUAUUCAGUAUCAUGAUAUUCAUUCUAAUUCCAAGACAUUUUGAUUGCGUUUUUAUUUAAAUAUAUUAAAUUUGCUGAGUAUUGGUUCAAUUAUUUGAACCUUCUCUUACGUGUUAUUUUAAGAUAUUAGCUGAUCUUUUUUCAAAAAAAAAAAGAAGAUAUUAGCUGAUCCAUGUCAUAUCAUAUUAGCAACACACUUGCAUUGACAAUGUUCAUUUGAACAUAUGUGUUUUCUUUAGCAAAUAAAAAAUGAGUUGAUAAAGAUAUUUAUUUAUAUUCUCAACGUUACUGAAGGAACCAAGUGAAUGAAAACAAAAAGGUUAGAAUUAGGUCUAAUUUAAAGCCAUUCCAAGUUUCCAACAACAUAUUAUCAAAUAUCAGAGGUAGAAUAGUGGCGUCAGUGUGACGUUUCUUUCCAUCGAAAUUACAUAGCUAGCUAGCUGAAAGAAAAACGAUCUUGCAUUUAAUUGAUCUGGAGAAAGCGAUCCAUUUUAUGGGACCCCACAAGGAGACAAAGUUCGGUGACGUGUCGUCUUCAGAAGCAGUGGACCACUGUUCUGUCGGCGUCGCCUUUCCAACAUACGCUAAUAACGACAAAAAAUUACUUUUUCGGUGUUCGUAAUGUCGUUCCUACCCCUAACCUUUCCUAAUAUUUCCUCGUUUAUGCCACAGUUUUUCGACUAAAAACGACGACGACCCAGUUACUUUCACACGGUGUCUGUCACUCGAUCCGGAUAAGAUUCUCAAUGUUGUUGAAUUUACCAUAUCGCCCAAGCAUCCGUUAGCUGUAAUGCUCCGCGGCUUCUACUGUUCAUACGAAAGCUACUAAAGGUUGACGUUUACGUGCAAGAAACAAAUAAAUCAUGCGUAUGUAUUUUAUAAGUUAUAUACAUCUUUGCUUAUCGUUUGUCCAAAAAAAAAAUACAUCUUUGCUUAUAAAUUUUUUGUUCAGAAAAAAAAAUCUUUGCUUAUAAAUUUUUUCUUUCAUAUUUGAAAAACAAGCAUAAAAACAUAUCAAUUUUCUUAGUACUUAUUGCCUUUCAAUCAAACUUUAUAUAUCGGUAUCAGUAAACGAGAAUGAUAUAUAACAAAUUCAUGUAUAUCUAUUUGAUUGUGCACAAAAGAAGUAUAUGUAUUUGUUUCUUUGUUCGAAGAGAUUAUGAGUUUAAAGCUCAAAAAUUUGCUGUAACCAACAUAAACAAUUUUACAAAGUUGCUUUAAAUGGUAUUCUAAAUAAUUAAUUCCUUUAUAUAUAGGGACUAUAGUCAUGCUAAACUUUUUCUUUUGUCAUAUAUAUUAUUGAUGGCCCUUAAUUUAACUGUGAAAUUUCAAUACCAAGAGACCUAUGUCGUCUUUAAGUGACCUCAAGUACUCCACAUGGGGCUUCUACCAGAAUUUCCUUAUUGUGGAGUUAAAGUUGCCUAACUGCUUUCAGUGUGAAAUAUUUUCUGAUAAACUUAUUUUUCUUCUUGUAGACUUUUGUUUUAGCUGGUUCGAUGUAUAUUUUUUUUUGGUAAAAAUGGUUGGAUGUAUAUUAUUAUCUUGAAAAUAAAAUUAAUAACAAAAUUGUACCAAACCAACAUAAAACUAGUUUUUCAGGUUUUAAUAUUAGAUAUACUUGAACUACGAGUGUUAACGCUCAAAAACUAACACACAAAAGCACCAAUUCAUCAACCAGAUAAGGCAUAUCCAGUUGGUUUAACAUGAAUGUUAAUUAAGUUAUUUCAUUUGAAAGAUAGUUUGUUAACAUGUAAUACUAUUACUAACAUAAUAGUUUGAGAAAAAGUUAACUGUAGUUCUUUUUUUUUCUUCCUUAAGGAACAAAAUAACAAAACACGAAAAAUCACCGAAAGCUUACAUGUGAUUGGAUUUAAUGAUAACUUUUUGGAUUUAUUAGGAAUGGACCGGCCCCGAGAUAUGUUCUAAAAGCAAUUUAUUGAUUGUACGUGUCAUUGAUCACAUACACCUAUAUUAUAUGCCUACAGAUAUAUAUGUACACUUCAAAUGUAGAAUUGAGAUCCCCGAUUUUGGCUAACACUUCACGUACUAGAAUUUUUUACUUAUAAGCGUAUGGUCAUAUACAACUCGUGACCGCCAAAAUUACACCUUUUAGUGAAAAAGAUAUUGUAACAAUCUUGAGUAUGUAGUUAGAUGACUUUCAGAUACUUGAAGCAAAUUAAUUGGGUUUGUCCAUGUUUAAAAGUUAUCAAAUGGUUUUUGCAAAAGGUGCCGUACAUAGGUUCAAGUAUAGGGUCGUCGUUUGUGCACAAGUAAGAAUUUGAAUGUAAAUUUUUAAUUUCUUUAAACAUAUGUUUCAAUUGAACAAUAAAUUUUCUUUGAAAAAACAGAAGAGAAAUCUAUGGUUUUUUUUUCUGGUUUGCUCCUUGGAUAGGAAUAUCCGAGUCUCAAACUAAUUCCAUAAAUUAUGCAAUAGUUAAAAAAAAUGACACAUUAGGCGAUAUCGACUAUACUAUUUGAUCGGAUCGGACAACAUAAACUUUUAUCAUCUACCAUUUUUGAACCUGAAAAAUAAUUUGUCUGGUGAAGAUUUUAAUCAAAUAAUUUUGCAAAGCAAAAGUACAGUUUACGUUAUUCAAAUAUUUUUUGACAAAUACAUUCUUUGAAAAGAACUUUAGUCUAAUUGAUUAGAUCAUUAAAUUAUGUAAAGGGAUUUAUACCAUUUUUAUGCACAGAUUGAAAAUGAGAUUGUAGUUCGUGGAGGAGAAGAGAAGAUGGCAAGAAAACGAAGGCGUGUCAGAGAAUUUAUGAUACCUUUCUUAGACAGAAGAAGUUUUGACUCUUCUCUACCUAUCUUUCUCUUGCCUCAUAAAUUUUAAAAGUUUCUUGUGGAGACCACACGGAUUCGUCUUUGUGUUGGCCAAAAAUGUGGAGAUGUAAUUUUAAUCUCAGCUGUUUCUGCAUCAAACAUUGUUUACCAAAACAAUAUAUAUAUAGAUAUAUAUAUGAAUAUUACUGUAUUAGAGUCAAAUACAUAAUGGUCAAACAGUGUCGACAUAACACCUUCCAAAUUCCAACGACUAUCCUAACUAAGUUUUUUUUUUUGCUAACUGCGAUACUAACUAAGUUUUAACACCGUAUUCCAAAAUCCACAAAUGAUGUUGUUUCAGAUGUAUUUUAUAUAAGAACAAAUAUAGUAUAUGACUAAUUUGAAGAAAAGAUAGUGUUAAUCGUUUCAAAAACAUGAUAGUAUCUUACCGUUUCCUUCUUAUUUUUUUGGUAAAAAAGGUUACGAUUCACAUCUAUCACUGAUCGCAUCAUUUAGAUGGAUAUGAACUCUGACUAAUCAUAUAUACGUUACCGCAUUUUGUAUGAAUGCAUAGUAACUAGAGCAGUCGAAUGCUCAAACUUUCUUUGUCAUUUGCGCCCAAAAUAUAAAUCCCUACAUUUCCAGUCUUACUUGAAAAAUGGUAUAAAUGUUCUACCAAUAGUGUGAAUGUAUUCCAGAAAAGAAGUGUGAAUGUUAAACGAUUACCUUCAGUAUAAUAUACUAAUCGAGAUUAAUUAUAAUGUUGUUAUUACCAAUCAAAUGGUAGAACAAGAAUACUUUUUAUGCUAAGGUUUCUGUAUUAGAACAGAGGGGUGAACAUGGAUCAAAUAUCCAAAAUUUUGGAGGUAUUCGUAAUCUGAUUCGUUUCGUCCAUAUCAUUUUUCCAAACCGAUUCAAUCCGUAUCCAUCCGGAUAUACUGGAAAGUGUACACUUUUAAUUGGAUAUUAAAUUCGAUCCGUUAAGAAAACUAAAUUUACAUAAAAAAUCAAAUCAAAUUUAUUUAUUUUUAAAACUCUAAUAACUAAAAUAACCAAUUUAAUAAAUAAAAAUAUUGUAAAAGUUACAGACAAAAUAACUAUAUAACUUUUAUAUUUAGUUCCUUAAAUAUAUAUUUAUAGAUGCAUAUAACGGAUCAGAGCAUAUCCCUUUCUAAAAUAUUAGUAUUUUUUAAUUGUUUCAUUUUUUGUAGAUAUUAGUAUUUAUUUUGCUUCGUAGAGUAAUAUCUAAUUUUUUUUGUUCGAUUCGAAAAGGUUAAUAUGUGGAAAUUAAAUUUUACAAUUUUUUUGCCCACAUCUAAUAAUAGGCCAAAUAAAAAUUUACAGAUAUUUUGUCCACUUCCUUUAAAAAUAGUAAUAUGAUAGAUAAUUGUAAUAGAAAAAGUUCUAGACUCUCACUUGUCCAUCGUUCUACACCUAUCAAAACAUUAAGAAGUAGUUUUUUUUAAAAAAAGUAGCGGUCUAAUUUUACCAUCAACAAAUCAGACUCAAAUUUUCAAAAACCUAGAACUUAUCCUUAUAAUAUUUAAAUUUCCCAAAGCUUCGAUAGAAUAAAAUUGAAUAAUAUGCAAGCUUGUGAAUGUAACUUCAAACUUUAAUAGAUGUGGUAUGCUGAGGACUGGUUAUCUUGAGUCUAGGCUUAACUGCUUAUAAAUGUCAUGCACUGAUUAUUAGAAAAAUAAAAUGUGGUAUGUAUAUUUAUCAAACUAGAUACAUUCUAUUAAAAUCAUGAUGAAAAUAGUUAGGCAAAACUUUAAAAUAAAGAAAAAAAGAUCAACUAAGAAAAAGUCAAAGAGCUCCAUGUGAAAUCUGUAAAGCAACCUUUCUGGGUUUUUUUUCUCCUUCCCUCUACUAAAUAAAGUCUAUAAAUAUGUACAAGCUGUUUCUAAACUUUGAAACCCCAAAACCCAUUAACUAGAUCUCUAAAAAAACAAAAUAAACUCUACUUUUUUCUCUCAUAAUAAAACUCUGUCUGAACCUAGAAAUCCACCAUCACCAUCCAUCCUCUGUUUCAAACUUUCAUUAUUUGAUCCCUAUUUUUGUUCAAACACAAUCAGUAGUUAUUUUUCUUCUUCUUGUUGUAAAACUACAAGACACCAGGACGAUUUGGCGUUCUAAUAAUCUUUUGUUUUGAAAAAAAUGGAAGAACAUAACUAUCAUUUUCAGACAAAUUUGAGUCCCAAAAUCUCAGAAAUAAGAGCUUCUCUCUCUCAGAUCAUAUUAGCAGGAGGACCAAACACACUCGACUCAGUCUUCUCAUUCCUCGCUACUUCCUCCGCCACGACAUCCCUCGACACUCUCAAUCCUCCGCCGCCGCAGCUCGGCUCCUCCGUCUAUCUCCACCAGCGAGAUCUUAUCGAGAGCUUCCACCUCCAAAACAGAGCAAUCUCCACUCCUCCUCCUCUGUUUUCUUCAUCGUUCGAUCAUCAAUCUUCUCCCGCCGCAGCUUUCGCCGCGGCGUUAGCGGCUGGGAGGACGGCGAAAAAGAAGAAGCUUUACAGGGGAGUGAGGCAGAGACACUGGGGAAAAUGGGUCGCCGAGAUAAGACUGCCGCAAAACAGAAUGAGGGUUUGGUUAGGUACUUACGAGACGGCGGAAGCCGCCGCCUACGCUUACGAUCGCGCCGCCUAUAAGCUCCGCGGAGAAUACGCUCGUCUCAACUUCCCAAAUCUCAAGGACCCGAGCGAGCUGCUCGGACUCGGAGACUCCUCUAAGCUAACAGCUCUCAAAAACGCCGUCGACGGGAAGAUUCAAUCUAUUUGCCAGAGAGUCAGAAGAGAAAGAGCCAAAAAGAGCGGUAAAGGAAGCAAAGAUUCUUCAUCAUCCUCGCCGGGAAGUCUGUCUUCUCCGGCGGCAACUGCCACUGCGGCGGAUUCAGAGAAUAGCUACUGGAACAGCAAGAAUAGUUCUCCUGCGUCGGUUUCUAUCUCCGAUGAAAUGCCGGCGACCACAACGGCGGCGGCCGAGGAAGACAUGAUGAUGGAUACUGAAGGAUUUUUACUUGCGAGGAUGCCGUCGUUCGAUCCAGAGCUUAUUUGGGAAGUUCUCGCUAAUUAAUUCACAAAACCGUGAAUUUUGAUCAUAAUCAUAUGGAGAGUAAGAGAAGACUUGGGGAUCAAGAAAUAUGAUGAGAAGAUUAGGGUUUUAGGUGUGAAUUAGGGUUUAUUAAAGUAAACAGGAUCUUUUGUCAAAAUCGUUCGAAAGUUGUUUUAAGUAAUGGAUAUAUUAGGGUUUUUAAUUAAAAUUUAAGCCUCGUUGUUUUUGAGAGAGGUUGUGAAAGCUCCUUUUUUGAAUUUAUAUUAUAGAGAUCAUCCAAGGACUUUCUGAUUGUACUUUCAACUAUUAUUAUAUGUAACAGUUUUAUUGUAGCAAAAUCUUCUGGAGGUUUA